AUGUUUCUCUUCGGUCUAGGGAAGCUGGUCUACGUGAUCAUCCUGAUCAUCAACGCCAUCGCCGUCCUUUCCGAGGACCGUUUCCUAGCUCGCAUUGGAUGGGGUCGCACACAGGCAGAGCCCGCCUUCGGCUCAGCACACGAUAGCACAAGCGUCAAGGCAAAGACCAUUAACCUGAUCGCCAGUGUGCGGACAGUUAUGCGAAUACCCCUAAUCGUCAUCAACACUGUCAUCAUCGUGUACGAACUGAUUCUCGGAUAA